GAUUCAGUAUCGCGAGAUCGUAGAGGCGUACAUGCCGCAGCGCUGUCUUCGCCAGCUUGGAUUUGUCCAAGUUGUCCCACCUCCACCGGCAUGGCCCAGUAAGGCGGUACGAUCUGCGUCGUCGAAGGAGUACGUCGUCCAAUGGCCGUCAAACAUGAUAUCCAUGUGGGAGCAGUUUCCGAUGGUUGCCCGCCUAUGGACGGCGGAGCUGCAGCGGCCGCCAAGUGGGGUGACUGCCAUGUGUGACCAGCACUACAUGGAAUGGUACAUCCGGCACUCGCACCCGAGGUUGAUCAAAGACAUCGACGACGCAGAUGAUGACGAUGUGCCACCUGCCACUGCCUCUUAUGCGUGGAUGGGCAAGAUUAUGUAGUUGGGACACCGACUUUUUGAGGAAAGGGACUGCAUGACGAGUGCAUCAGGCAGAGCUGUUAUUGACGAUCUGGAACGGACCCUUGAGCAGUGGCAGUGGGCGUCACAGAGGGAUUACUGAUAUUUGAAAUUAGACAUUAUCUUUUUAGUUUGUAAUAUUUGAAAUUAUUGUUCUUAGUUUUUAAAAUUCAAUAUUAUCUUUUUAGUUUGUAAUAUUUGAAAUUAUUGUUGUUAGUUUUUAAAAUGAAACAUUAUCUUUUAAAAAUGAACACAUAGAAAUGACAUAGUAUUGACAAUACAAGGCCUCAUAGUAAAAGGUAGGUGUACAUCAACAAAAACUACAUGGCAAUUAAAUUGUUCCACUGUUGCACGCGAGCAUGGUACAAAGCAUCCCAACCCUCCACGCUUGCUCUACGAAUUUCAUACCACUUCGGUAUGAUAUU